AUGCACUAUGAAAGAACUGCAUUCUCUAAAAAUGGGUCAUUCACUAUUGAGCCGCUUCAACCAAACACCAAAAUCGGACAACGAUACAAACUUACUUCAACCGAUAUUCAGCAUAUUCACUUGUUUUAUAAUUGUACAAGCGUUGGAACCAUUCUACCAUCAACUACUACAGCAACCACAACAACAAUCUCAUCUUCGAUUAACAAGCAAUACAACAGUGAAUUGACAAUGGGUAGUCCAACAUACACACGAAUGAACGGUUUCGGAACAAACUACUACUACGAACAAAUUGAAGCAACCGUAAGCAUCGCUGGAGUCUAUACAUUCAAAUGUACGAGCGUUAUCGACACUUUUGCUACAAUUUAUGGCGGGAGCUAUAAUGCAUCCUCUGAUCCGCUGAAACCACCAAUAUUAGUAGUCGACGACGAAAGCGAUGACAAUUGGGAAUUCAGUUUUGCUAUAAACUUUGGUUAUCCGGGUAUAAUCACAGUAUUGGUAACAGCAUAUAGUCCUGGUGUAACAGCAGCCUACACAAUUGAUGCAUCAGGACCAAGUAAUGUUAACUUUGUCCAAAUAAGUAAUUCUAUAACACCUACAACAGCCUCCACUACAACUGAUACCAGUACUAGUACCACAACCUCCACUACAACUGAUACCAGUACUAGUACCACAACAUUCACUACAACUGAUACCAGUACCAGCACCACAACAUCCACCACAACUGAUACCAGUACUAGUACCACAAAAUCCACUACAACUGAUACAAGUACCACAACUUCCACUACAACUGAUACCGGCACCACAACUCCCACUACAACCGAUACCAGCACGACAACAACUGUAGUAAAUACAAAUUCUUCAACUACUUCAGUGUCCACGUCAACAACGGCGGUGUCAGUCACCACUCGCGUAAGUAGUCUUUCUGAUAACGGUGGUAAAAUAGCAGGUAUUAUUGUUGGCAGUGUUGUUGGUGGACUGAUUAUCUUUAGUUGUUGUUGUAUUCUUAAUGUCCUUGGUGUGUGGUCCUUAAUCUUAUAUCUGAAAGGUGGACCAGUUCUCUCCAAUAAGCUCUACAUACGUAGCGCAUUUGGUGUGUAUAGUGGUACAGGAAACAUAAUUUUUCAGCCAGGUACAUUCUCCAGUUAUUAUUUCAAAAAUGGUUCAUGGCAUGGACCUCAUGAUUUAGUACUUGGAUUCUAUCCAGAAGCUAAUUAUAUUGUACAUGGUAGAGGAAGGGAUGAAAUGGGUGCAUUUGCGAUCACCUGA